UCUUUGAACCGGAAGUCCAACCCCUCUUCAUCCCGUCUCCGGCAGACCCUCCACCGGCAGCAUGCCUCGCAAGAUAGAAGAAAUCAAGGAUUUCCUUCUGACGGCCAGGAGGAAGGAUGCCAAGUCCGUAAAGAUCAAGAAGAACAAGGACAAUGUUAAGUUCAAGGUGCGCUGCAGCAGGUACCUGUACACGCUGGUCAUCACCGACAAGGAGAAGGCCGAGAAGCUCAAGCAGUCCCUGCCCCCAGGUCUGGCUGUGAAGGAGCUGAAGUAAAUCAGUGAUGUACAAAUAAUUGUAAUAAAAACAGAAAAAACUAA